GCAGGCAGAGUCUGCAGUCAGACACUCAGAGGGACUUGGCUCUCCUUUUGAAGGCUGCUCAUCUUCAGUUCUCUGCUCUGCUUGACAACCAAUACCACUGCAACAAGAUGAUGUCCAGGAAGGCAUACUCAGUCACAAGCUCUGGUGGCAGCACCAGGAGGUCCCUUGCUGGACCAGCAAGCAGCAGCUACUCCGUCAAAAGAACCAGCUAUGGGGUUGGUUCAGGUGUUGGCGGUGGUUUUGGUGGUGGUGCCGGUUUUGGCUCUGGUGCCGGUUUUGGCUCUGGUGCCAGUUAUGGCUCUGGUGCCGGUUAUUCUUCCAUGAGUAGCAGUGGUUACGGUAGUGGAGCAGGCUGUUUCGUGGCUCCACCAAUCACCGCUGUCACCGUCAACCAGAGCCUGCUGGCCCCCCUGAACCUAGAGAUUGACCCCAGCAUCCAGGCUGUCCGCACCCAGGAGAAGGAGCAGAUCAAGACCCUCAACAACCGCUUUGCCUCCUUCAUUGACAAGGUACGUUUCCUGGAGCAGCAGAACAAGAUGCUGGAGACCAAAUGGAGCCUCCUGCAGGAACAGACCACCACCCGCUCCAACAUCGACAGCAUGUUCGAGGCCUACAUCGCCAACCUGCGCAGACAGCUCGACGGGCUGGGCAACGAGAAGGUCAAGCUGGAGGGAGAGCUGAAGAACAUGCAGGGCCUGGUUGAAGACUUCAAGAGGAAGUAUGAAGAUGAAAUCAACAAACGUGCAGCUGCAGAGAACGAGUUUGUGCUCCUGAAGAAGGAUGUUGAUGCUGCCUACAUGAACAAGGUGGAGCUGGAGGCCAGGUGUGAUGCUCUUCAGGAUGAGAUCAACUUCCUCAGGGCCGUCUAUGAGGCUGAGCUUCGUGAGCUGCAGUCCCAGAUCAAGGAUACCUCUGUCAUCGUGGAGAUGGACAACAGCCGUAACCUCGACAUGGACUCUAUUGUUGCUGAAGUGCGCGCUCAGUAUGAGGACAUUGCCAACCGCAGCAAGGCUGAGGCAGAGACCUGGUACAAACAGAAGUAUGAGGAGAUGCAGUCCUCUGCUGGACAGUACGGUGAGGACCUUCGCUCAACCAAGGCUGAGAUUUCUGAGCUGAACCGCAUGAUCGCCCGUCUUCAGAAUGAGAUCGAGGCAGUCAAGGGACAGAGGGCCAACCUUGAGGCUCAGAUCGCAGAGGCUGAGGAGCGUGGUGAGCUGGCAGUGAAGGACGCCAAGCUCCGCAUCAAAGACCUGGAGGACGCUCUGCAGAGAGCCAAGCAGGACAUGGCCCGCCAGGUGCGCGAAUACCAGGAACUGAUGAACGUCAAGCUGGCCCUGGACAUUGAAAUCGCCACCUACAGGAAACUGCUGGAAGGAGAGGAGAGCAGGCUGACCAGCGGAGGCUCCAACGCAACCAUCCAUGUACAGCAGACCUCUGGAGGAGGUGGAUUCACCAGCUCAAGCUCCGGCGGCGGAUUCGGCUACGGUGGCAGCGGCUUUGGUGGCAGCGGCUUUGGUGGUUCAGGUUAUGGUGGCACUGUCACAAAGUCCACAGUCUCAACAACCAGCAGCUCAAGGAGAUACAUGUAAAAAGGAGAGCAGUCCCUCUUCCCUUUCAGAAACUCUUGAAUUUGUCCUUUCAUGGUAUUAUGUAAUAUCAUGAAAUGUGUUCAACAAGAGUUGAAGAUCCCAAAAAUCUGUGAUUCCCAAAAUCAUGUCUGAUUAAAAACAAUAUCCACUGGAUUGUGUUACACUGCCACCACUUUCAUGCACUCAGUGCUUUUCUUACUCUGUACCAUUCCACAUCAUUUAUCAAGAGUUUCUGAAGGUAAACAUGACCUUAAAACACACAAGGGCCAGGUCAGUUAGCAAGGCAAAAUUUGUUUUCUUUCUGCACUGACAUCCAAGAAAUGAGAAAAAACAAAAAACAAAGGCCUUAACAGGAGUGUUAAAACUAGGCAAGGAAAACAUUUGAAAAUAUGUGCUCAUCAACUUACAUACUGUCUGUACUGUAGUGCACUGAUAAACUGCUGUACCUCAAAUGGGCAGUGAUUAUAUUUUUCAUGCUCUCCAUUUCUGUAUUUGAGUGCUGAUACUAGUGAAGGGAGCAAGUCACUGACCAAAUCUGAUCACUGGAGAAAU